CUAUCGACGUGUCCCCUCACCAUUCAUGCUCUCCUUCACACUGCUGACAGCAUACGGGACAUCGGACCUGUGUGGGCUGCAUGGGCAUUUCCCAUGGAGCGGUAUUGCGGCUCGCUACAGCCUGCAAUUCGGAGCAGACGGUUCCCAUAUGCUUCGCUCAACCGGUACGUACUGGACAAGGCACGGCUCGAUCAUAUCAAGCUUCGUUAUGGCAGCACGCUCCGCACUCAUCUAACGCUUCAUGCCCCACUUGGAGUUCUACCAACAUCUGUUGAAGGAUAUACAUCACUUGUCCUACUCCCAUCUUCUCGUACCGUGGUCCUGGACCGUGGCACCCAAACCAAGAUCAUUGGUGCGUUGUGCACUCGCUUCACAACUGCAGCGCCCUCCAUCAUACGUCAAGCCCUGCCCACUGAAGUGGAGGAAUGGGCGAAGUUCCGCAUCCUGAAUGAUGGUGAUACCAUUCGUUCAGCGGCACUGGAUGCUGUGGCAGGGGACAGCCGUAAUGCAAGCUACGUGCGGUACGAGCUUUUCAUUGAUCUGCUUGCUAGACAGCGGAACGCUCCAUCUAUCUUUCGGCCACAAGUCUUCUACGGUGAACUGCAACACAUCUACCUCGUUAACCUAUCCCCGAUUCCAUCGUACAGUAUCAACACUGUGACCCCCAUCCUUCUGGCUGCGACAAAAACCUGCAACAUCGACCGCACCGAUAGCACCCUCGAUAUCCACUGGUACACCUCUCUUGGAGCUGUCGACUUUGUGGACCUCGAGACCAUCCAGGCUGUAGUUGGGAGGGUCAAAGAUUGGGGACACUUUGCAAUCAUAGACAGGAACACAGUUAAUCUGGUAAGUACUCAUUAUAUUGACGAGCCAGAGGGUCCGGAGGAGGUAGUGCCAAGGUGA